GUGUCAGAAAAUUAUGUUUUUACCCUGAUUGCAAAUUAAAAGUCUCCAUCUUGAUCUACAGGCCAAAUUCGUAUUAUGUUUGAAUUGCAGUUGGUUCCCGCAGGAAUUCAGUCCAAGGACCACAAAUGGCCCCCGGGCCGCACUUUGGACACCGGUGGAGUAAGUAGAACUAGUUACUUCACAACUCUGCUCUACCUUUCGCCUCCAAAGUGACAUGAAUUGAUUUUUCCUGUUAGUUUGUUUAAUACUUCCGCUCCCAUCCCGCCUGGACGACAGCAGGUAAUCCCCGCCAUGUGAGGCCUCGGCCCCGGUUCGGAGGCGGGCUGUGAUCCAUUCAAAUGUGCCAAAGCUAUAAAAAGGGGCGGGAGACGGAAAUAACCUAACUUCAACUCAGAAGCCGGUGGCACAGCGCGCAGGGCCGUGCAGGUUAUCAUCAGAAAGUGAUGAUGAAUACAGUCAAAGCUGUGAAAAACGCGGCGGUUUGUUUCGUCCUGCUGCCCCGCUUCCUCAUGGCAGCUGUAGUUUUCUGGCUGCUGGACUUCUUGUGCAUCAGGAAGAGGUUUUUCUUCAGGGUGAAGGAGCAGGGAGGCGAUGCCAUUGAUCCUCCAGUGUGCAUUUCGGACUCCAACCGGCUCUUCAGCUUGGAGUCGCUGAAGGCCGUCUGGCACGGCCAGAAGCUGGACUUCCUGAAAGCGGCGCACCUCGGACGCGGAGCGCCCAACACAGAAGUUGUGCGCCUGGAGGACCGGCAGCACUCCCGCAUCCUGGACUUUGCGCACGGCGACCGGCCGCUCAUCCUCAACUUCGGCAGCUGCACCUGACCGCCGUUCAUGGCGCGCCUGAAGGCUUUCCAGGAGGUCGCGCAGCUGAACGCGGACAUCGCGGACACCGUGGUGGUGUACAUCGAGGAGGCGCAUCCGUCCGACGGCUGGACGAGCACCGACGCGCCCUACCAGAUCCCGACGCACCAGAGUCUGGAGGAGCGGCUGAGCGCGGCGCACCUGAUCCACCUGGAGGUGCCCGGCUGCCGGGUGGUGGCGGACAACAUGGAGGACUCCUCCAGCGCCGCGUACGGGGCGUAUUUCAACAGACUGUACGUCCUGCAGCGGGGCACGGUGGCGUACCAGGGCGGCCGGGGACCGGAGGGUUACCGGAUCUCAGAGCUCAGAGCCUGGCUGGACCAACACCGGAAAGCGCUGCAAAAAACUGAGAGCAGUCUGGCUUUAAACGUGUAAAAUAACUCUGUUUUUCUCUUUGCAUCUAUAGUUAAAGCGUAUUUAUUAUUAUUAUUUUUGUAUUAUUAGAGUUUUGUGAAGACUCGGAGCGGCGCGCAUCUCUCGGUAUUGUUGUGAAGUUCGGUUUUUAAAUGGCUCCAGUCCAGGAAACCGGUGCUGAUGUUUUUGUACCAGUGGAUCAGCUGCUCUGCUCUCAGUCUUGCAUGCGUAUUUCUCUAAAAAUAUUUUUGUUUUAAUGAUAUAUUUUUUUAGUUUUCUGUUUCUUUUUAUUCUCACACAGGUUUAAUUAUUGUUGCCUAUCUUGUAUUUUGAUGUUUAUGCAGAAGACAAAGGAUCAGAUUUCCUCUAAAAUAAAGCACAACUUACCCGCA